AUGUCUGCGUUGAAAUUCGUUAAUUCUGUCUGGCAGUCCUUCCGGGCUACGUCCGGUCUAGAGCCGAGGCUUUUGGAUGGCCUCAGAGUGACCGCAGCUCGUCCUGGUGUGGUGAACUUUGAACUUGAUAUCCAGAAAGAACAUACUAAUAGGUUAAACAUCCUACAUGGUGGUACUAUUGCUAGUAUGGUCGAUCUCGGUGGUUCGCUGGCAGUUGCAUCCAGAGGCCUCUUUUCAACCGGUGUAUCCACCGAUUUGAAUGUCACUUAUCUAAGCUCUGGAGGAAAGGUGGGAGACAGAAUCAAAGCUGAGGCCUCAUGUGAUAAAUUCGGCAAAACACUUGCAUAUACAUCCAUCAAAUUCAUGAAUGAUAAAGACGAAGUCUUUGCUCGGGGAAGCCAUACAAAGUAUAUUGCUCUUGCUUUUAAGGAUCCAAAGAACAUUGUGGAAGAGCUCAAGGCAUCCAAGGAGUCUUCUUAG